CUACUUCACACCUCAAUAGCUUCUUAUGGUCUAUAAAUAAGGAACAUUGAGAGUAAAAAUUCAUAUUUACGAAGUGGAAAAAUUGAAUUGUAAUAAUUUGAUCUCUUCUGUUGCAGCUGGUUGGUGGCGAAUUUGAUAUGGAAUUGAACUUCGUCAUACAAGAUGCACAGAAUAUUCGUCACAUGCUAGAACUGCUGGACCAUUGUCCUCCAAAUUUACAGGCGGAAAUAUGGAGCGUGUUCAUCGCCAUUCUGAGGAAGAGCGUGCGCAAUUUGCAGGCGUGCACAGAUGUCGGCCUCAUAGAACACGUUCUCAAGAGAUUGCGGAAUGCCGACGUGGUGGUUGCAGAUUUGCUGAUCGAAAUGCUGGGCGUCUUGGCGAGUUACAGCAUCACGGUGAAAGAGCUGAAACUAUUAUUCGGCGCCAUGAAAGCCGUUACCGGAAAGUGGCCUCGACAUUCGGCCAAAUUACUUAAUGUCUUACGACAGAUGCCACAGAGGUCUGGACCUGACGUUUUCUUCAGUUUUCCAGGAAGGAAAGGAUCGGCAGUCGUAUUACCACCUCUAGCGAAAUGGCCUUACGAGAGUGGUUUCACCUUCACGACGUGGUUUCGUUUGGAUCCCAUAAAUUCUGUUAAUAUUGAAAGAGAAAAGCCAUACCUAUAUUGCUUCAAGACCAGCAAAGGAGUGGGAUAUACGGCUCACUUCGUUGGAAAUUGUUUGGUACUCACGUCGAUGAAAAUAAAGGGCAAGGGCUUCCAGCAUUGCGUGAAAUACGAGUUCCAGCCGAGGAAGUGGUAUAUGCUGGCAGUCGUUUAUAUCUACAACAGGUGGACAAAAAGCGAAAUAAAAUGUUUGGUAAAUGGUCAAUUAGCCUCAAGCACGGAAAUGGCAUGGUUCGUUUCGACAAAUGACGUUUUCGAUAAAUGUUAUAUUGGAGCCACGCCAGAGUUAGAUGAAGAACGGGUGUUUUGUGGCCAAAUGUCUGCAAUAUAUCUAUUUAGUGAAGCUUUAACGACUCAUCAAAUAUGUGCGAUGCAUAGAUUAGGACCAGGGUACAAAAGCCAAUUUCGGUUUGAUAACGAAUGUAAUAUAAAUUUACCUGACAAUCACAAAAGGGUGAGUGACAAUGAGCAAUCAGCAUCUAGCAUGCCUCUGGCUCUGACUGAAUCAGAUGCACGUUCCGUUCUGUACGAUGGCAAACUGUCUAGUGCCAUUGUGUUCAUGUACAAUCCAGUCGCGACAGAUACACAACUAUGCCUGCAGUCAGCUCCCAGAGGCAAUGUGUCCUACUUUGUGCACACGCCGCAUGCUUUAAUGUUGCAGGAUGUGAAAGCAGUGAUUACACACUCCAUUCAUAGUACGUUGAAUUCAGUUGGGGGAAUUCAAGUUUUAUUCCCGCUAUUUUCCCAGUUGGACUUGUCUUAUGAAUCGAAUGGUUCAUCAGAUAGCAAAAGGGAUCCUACUCUAUGUUCAAAACUCCUCGGAUUCAUCUGUGAACUAGUGGAGACCUCUCAAACAGUACAACAACACAUGAUUCAAAACCGCGGUUUUCUAGUUAUCAGCUUCAUGCUUCAGAGAUCUUCAAGGGAUCAUCUGACGAUAGAUGUUCUCGGUUCCUUCCUAAGCUUAACCAAAUACCUUGUUACCUGUCUAAGUGCCAACAGUGAGUUACUACUAAAACAGUUAUUUUGCUUUUCAUUCCUGACCUGGCAGCUGCUCGACCAUGUUCUGUUCAACCCGGCCCUCUGGAUUUAUACACCAGCGUCGGUGCAGACGAAAUUGUAUUCCUAUCUGGCCACCGAAUUUUUGUCGGACACGCAGAUCUACUCUAACGUCAGACGAGUGUCGACCGUGCUUCAGACUGUCCAUACUCUGAAGUACUACUAUUGGGUGGUCAACCCGAGAUCUAAAAGUGGAAUAACACCUAAAGGAUUAGAUGGUCCCAGGCCUGCCCACAAAGACAUCCUCGCUAUCCGUUCGUACAUCCUCCUCUUUCUCAAGCAACUCAUUAUGGUCGGUAAUGGCGUCAAAGAGGACGAGCUUCAGAGCAUCCUCAACUACCUCACCACCAUCCACGAGGAUGACAAUCUCCACGACGUCCUGCAGAUGCUCAUCUCUUUGAUGUCGGAACAUCCGUCAUCUAUGGUGCCAGCCUUCGACACCAAAUGCGGCGUCAGAACCAUCUUCAAGCUCUUAGCCUCCGAGAGUCAAUUGAUCCGACUGCAAGCACUGAAGCUGUUGGGAUUCUUCUUGAGCAGGAGCACACACAAGAGGAAGUAUGACGUCAUGAGUCCUCAUAAUCUGUAUACUUUGUUGGCCGAGAGACUUUUGUUGAACGAGGAUACGAUGUCCUUGCCCACAUACAAUGUUUUGUACGAGAUUAUGACCGAGCAUAUUAGUCAGCAGAUCUUGUAUACCAGACAUCCGGAGCCAGAAAGUCAUUUCAGGCUCGAGAAUCCAAUGGUAUUGAAAGUGGUAGCGACCCUUGUCAGACAGUCAAAACAGACCGAACAACUUCUAGACGUGAAAAAACUAUUCCUAUCGGACAUGACGCUUCUCUGCAACAACAACAGAGAGAACAGAAGGACCGUCCUGCAGAUGUCAGUUUGGCAAGAAUGGCUGAUAGCCAUGGCAUACAUUCAUCCCAAGAAUACGGAGGAACAGAAAUUGUCCGAUAUGGUGUAUUCAUUGUUCAGAAUGCUUCUGCAUCAUGCUAUCAAGUAUGAGUAUGGAGGGUGGAGAGUAUGGGUUGAUACUUUGGCCAUAGUUCAUUCAAAGGUAUCCUACGAGGAAUUCAAACUACAAUUCGCCCAGAUGUACGAGCACUAUGAAAUCCACCGCGCCGACAACAUAACGGAUCCGCUGCUCAGGCAGCAGCACCCCAUCAGCACCAUUUCGGGGUGGCACGAUACCGCCCAAACCAUCCCCAAUGGCUGUCACGCAGACAACGACAGGUGGCAACAGCACUCGAGGGCGUCCCUUCAAGAAAUCGAGAUGAACGAGAACGACAAGUCGGAGCAAGUGUGCAGCUGCGACUACAACUCGACGCUGUCCGACGGCAGCCCGAUUUCCUACGUCGCCAAGCAUGAGGACAGUGAGGUGGUGUCUCUCGAUUCGAGGACUAGUGAUCUGUUCAGUGACGGGAAGAUCAGCAAGGAGUCUGCUUAUUCGCAGGAUUCGCCUAUGAAGUUGCAGAUGGUGGAGGAUCAUAUGGAUGUCGUGUCGGAUUCGCCUGUUUGCAAUGGAGUGCAUGUGGAGAGUAGCCCCAGUUUUGGAAGUCCUGUCAAAGGAAGUGUUGACAGAGCCGAAGUGAUUGAAGAGAUAAUGCAAGAGAUUCUCUCAAAAUCUGAAAAAAUGCUCGAAGAACAUGUCGAAAUUUGCUCAGAUACCAACUCGAGAACCGUCUCUCCUGUUGUGCAAGACCAAGAAAUUGCUCAAGCCAUCAAAGAAGUAGUGAACAACGUACCGGAAAUCGACAAGAGUAAACAAAUUGUAGAAGACAUCGUCAAUGAAAUUAUAGUUGCUUCAUCAGAAAUGCAGAACGAUCGGCUCGUUCGAACUGAAGAAGUGCCCAUUCCACUUGAAGAAGCUGUCAAGCAGGAGAAUGAAUUAUCGAGUCCUGAUAAAGAGAUGAGUAGUUUGCAGGAGGAUCUACCUAGUCCUUGUAAAGAAGUGUCCAGUCCUGAGAGAGAGGUUCCUGAUAGCGAUCUAUCUGAAAGGUAUCUCACGCCCACCGACGAAAUGAUCGAAAAAAGAGAAGAAGAAUCAGAAGCCACUGAGAAGACUGACAAGUGUGAUAAAGAAUUUAGGACAAUUGAAUGUGUUGUGAAUGGAGAUGAUGAAACGAACAAUGAAAAUGUGGAAGUUUUUGCAAAAGUAGAGGAACAUGGUGACGUAAAUGAUGAAGUAAACAUUAGUGAAAACGAAACUAUAAAUAAUCCAAAAAAUCUUGAAGCUGUGCCAAUUGUUGAAAAUAGUGCUGUGUCAGUAGAAUUAGAGCCGUCCAAAAAUGAAUCUAGUCUAAGUGAAACGAACGUUCAAUCUAGUGAUAACGAUUCUAAAUUAGAUAAAGAGGGCGCUGUUGUCAGUGAAGCUGAAGUGCCUCCGGUUGAAAAUAUACCAACAAUUUCACAAUUCUGUGAUCCUAGUCAUUAUGAUUCCGCUACCAAUACGGCUACCAAUGUUCUCGUUAAUACAAUUAGUGUCAGUAGUGAACCCUCGUCAAGCAAUCAGACUGAAAUUCCUCAGAAGAGCGCCGAAGAAAUAAAGAGGAGGGUUAGCCUGCCCACCAAUCGCAUUGAAAGCCAGACGAUAGAUGCCAAUGCGGAAAAUAGUAUCAAUUCUGUUUCACCACAAAGGAGACCUAGAAGUGCUUCAACUUCAACGCAAGUGGACCCUAAUCUGUUUGAAACCAAACAUGCAAAAUCGGCUUCCUCGAGGCACAUGUUCAGUCCAGGACCCACUAGACCGCCGUUUAGGAUACCAGAAUUCAAGUGGUCCUACAUUCACCAGAGACUGUUGUCCGACGUCCUGUUUUCUCUAGAGACUGACAUUCAAGUGUGGAGAAGUCAUUCCACUAAAUCGGUCCUAGACUUCGUUAAUAGCAGCGAUAAUGCCAUAUUCGUUGUCAACACUGUACAUUUGAUAAGUCAAUUGGCUGACAAUCUGAUCAUCGCGUGCGGAGGAUUGUUGCCCUUGCUUGCUUCAGCAACCUCACCAAAUAGUGAACUUGAUGUCAUUGAACCCACACAAGGAAUGCCCAUUGAAGUUGCAGUUAGUUUUCUACAAAGGCUGGUGAAUAUGGCAGAUGUACUUAUUUUUGCAAGUUCGUUGAAUUUUAGUGAAUUGGAAGCAGAAAAGAAUAUGUCCAGCGGCGGGAUUCUCAGGCAAUGUCUCAGAUUGGUGUGCACUUGUGCUGUUCGUAACUGUUUGGAGUGCAAAGAGAGAAGUCGUCCACACCACACUAUUGCACCCACCUCACUGAGUUCUAGUCACAAGGCGGCACACUUGCAAUCAUUCAUUAGAGGAGUCCAGAACUCCCCGAAGAAUGUCGCUGACAAUCUGUCGAACAGCUCGACGCCUGUCAAAGAUCCAGAGAAGCUCCUGCAAGAUAUGGACGUUAACCGUCUUCGCGCUGUCAUAUACAGAGAUGUGGUGAGAACGUUUAUACAGGAGGAAACGAAGCAAGCCCAGUUCUUGUCUCUGGCCAUUGUCUAUUUUAUUUCUGUGCUCAUGGUGUCCAAGUAUAGGGACAUUUUGGAACCACCAGUUUCGAUUAGGGCUCCGAGUCCCGUUCCAGUUGUCAGAAAUAAUGGAAACUCUCAUCAUUCGGGAAGUCCACAAGCAUCAAGGGCUAUCCAAUCCCAAGAAGAUAGCGAGUAUGACAUUAUAACGGCAUAUGUGGAGGACAGUAACUCCUUACAUCCAGACAAUGACCUUAAUUCAGGUCCUGCAUCAAUCAAGGUAAACGCCAGGCAACGCCCAUCAUUGGCACACGGGUUCUCUGUAAAUUACUCAUUGGAUGGAAUAAGGCAUGCUCGAGGUUGUGACAGUGCUCGUGUUAAGAAGAGCACAGACUCCAUUGACGAAAUAAACUCGGUGCAUUCAGUGGAGACUAAUAAUCUAGGAUCAAAUAGUGAAAUACCAUUAGAUGACAAUGAUAAAGUCAACAUAGAUGAGAAUUGGACUGACAUUAAUCUGAAUGAAGAUGGAGACACUAAAGAAGAUGCUAGAAAUCUUCAGAACAUGUCACAUUCCCAUUCUGCCUUGGACAUGGAAGGUAACAUUCAGUCAGAAAGAGGUGACAAGCACCAUUCCGAGAUAUCAGUCGUCAGAGUUCCAGAUGGUGUGCUCCAAGCACCCGCGCAGGUCAGACCUGACGAUUUGCCUGUUAAUAACUUGGUGGAUCAUAUAUCGAUACCUACCCCAUCGAGAGAAGCUUCUCUAACACAAAAACUAGAAAUGGCUUUAGGUUCAGUGUGCCCUCUGUUAAGGGAAAUAAUGGUGGACUUCGCACCGUUCCUAUCAAAAACUCUUGUGGGUUCUCACGGCCAAGAGUUGCUCAUGGAGGGCAAAGGACUCACUACAUUCAAGAACAGCAAUUCGGUUGUCGAAUUAGUAAUGUUGCUAUGCUCUCAAGAGUGGCAAAAUUCACUACAGAAACAUGCAGGUCUAGCUUUCAUCGAACUGAUAAAUGAAGGGAGACUUCUUUCACAUGCAAUGAAAGAUCAUAUUGUGAGAGUUGCGAAUGAGGCUGAGUUCAUCUUGAACCGAAUGAGGGCGGACGAUGUUCUCAAACACGCCGAUUUUGAGUCGCAAUGUGCGCAGACUCUAUUAGAUCGCAAGGAAGAAGAAAGGAUGUGUGACCACUUGAUCACUUCAGCCAGAAGAAGAGAUAAUGUAACUGCUAGCAGACUACUUGAAAAAGUAAGAAACAUCAUGUCAAAUAAACAUGGCGCCUGGGGAUAUAUGGAUGGCAGUGAAACCAGAUCGAAUGAAUUCUGGAAACUGGAUGCUUGGGAGGAUGAUGCUAGAAGGAGAAAGAGAUUCGUACACAAUCCGCUUGGGACCACGCAUCCAGAAGCUAGUCUCAAAGCAGCUAUUGAACACGGAGCACCAGAGGAUGCCAUUCUUCAGGCUCGUGAAGAAUUUCAUGCACAUCUAGCAGCAAACAGAGGCCAACAACAAAUGCCAAAUGACCUGAUGGACGACAGUGAGCUCUUGAUAGAUGAUAGAGAAUUAGAUACGGAUCUUAAUGGUCCGGUUAAUAUAAGUACUAAAGCCAAGCUGAUUGCACCUGGGCUAGUGGCACCUGGAAUGGUAUCUAUCACCUCUGCAGAGCUAUACUUCGAAGUGGACGAGGACGACGAAGAAUUCAAGAAGAUUGACAAUGAGAUCUUGAAAUAUUGCGACCAUCUUCAUGGAAAAUGGUAUUUCUCUGAAGUCAGAGCGAUCUUCUCCAGAAGAUAUUUGCUGCAAAACAAUGCGAUCGAGAUAUUUUUGGCGAGUAGAACAUCCAUCAUGUUCGCCUUUUCGGACCAAGCCACCGUGAAGAAGGUGAUCAAGGCUCUGCCCAGGGUCGGCGUAGGGAUCAAAUACGGCAUUCCGCAAACGAGACGGGCCAGCAUGAUGUCGCCCAGGCAGCUCAUGAGGAAUGCCAACAUGACGCAGAAGUGGCAACGCAGGGAGAUAUCCAAUUUCGAAUAUCUCAUGUUCCUCAACACCAUAGCCGGGCGAACUUACAAUGACCUCAACCAAUAUCCAGUGUUCCCGUGGGUGCUCACGAAUUACGAAUCCAAAGAGCUGGACCUCAGCCAGCCGAACAACUACAGGGAUCUUUCGAAACCCAUAGGAGCCCUUAAUCCCAGCAGACGAGCCUAUUUCGAAGACAGGUACUCAACGUGGGAACACGAGAGCAUUCCUCCUUUCCAUUAUGGCACGCACUAUUCAACUUCUGCGUUUGUUUUCAACUGGCUAAUCAGGAUGGAACCUUUCACCACGAUGUUCCUUUCCCUGCAAGGUGGCAAAUUCGACUAUCCGAACAGACUUUUCUCCUCCAUCGGCCUAUCUUGGAAGAACUGCCAAAGAGACACUUCGGACGUCAAAGAACUCAUUCCAGAAUUCUAUUUUCUACCGGAGAUGUUCGUCAAUGCCAACAGGUACCGACUCGGCCUGACCGAAGAAGGCAAACCCAUCGGCGACGUGGAACUGCCGCCGUGGGCCAGCUCCCCGGAAGAAUUCGUCCGCAUCAACCGCAUGGCGCUGGAGUCGGAGUUCGUGUCCUGCCAGCUGCACCAGUGGAUCGACCUCGUCUUCGGCUACAAGCAGAGGGGCCCGGAGGCCAUCCGCGCCACCAACUGCUUCUACUACCUCACGUACGAGGGCAGCGUGGAUCUGGACGCGAUCGGGGAGAGGGUGAUGCGGGAGGCCAUCGAGAAUCAGAUCAGGAACUUCGGGCAGACGCCGUCGCAGCUGCUGAUGGAGCCGCAUCCGCCAAGGAGCUCGGCGAUGCAUUUGUCCCCCAUGAUGUUCUCAAGUAUACCAGAGGACGUAUGCAUGACCAUGAAGUUCCUGUCGAACAGCCCCAUCGUACACAUUUCGGCCAACACCUAUCCCCAACUGCCCAAUCCGUCAGUGGUGACAGUCACGAUGCACCAGCAAUUCGCAGUGAACAGAUGGAAUUCGUCUUACGCGGCUGUUGCGCAGUCGCCGAGCUAUGCGGAUACGCCGCCGAAUCAAGCGUCGAAUUUACCUUUGUCGAUGGAUACAGUUCUAUCUACGGCGAACAACAGCAACGCGCAGACCCAGCUGAUGCAGCGCCGCCACUUGGGCGACAACUUCAGCCAGAACCUCAAAAUACGAUCGAACUGCUUCGUGACCACCGUCGACAGCAAGUUCCUGAUCGCGUGCGGCUUCUGGGACAACAGCUUCCGCGUCUUCGCUGCCGACACGGCCAAGAUCGUGCAGAUCGUCUUCGGCCAUUACGGCGUGGUGACCUGCCUGUCCAGGUCUGAGUGCAACAUAACGUCCGACUGCUACGUUGCCUCGGGCUCGGCGGACUGCACGGUGCUGCUGUGGCACUGGAACGCACGCACGCAGACCGUGGUGGGGGAGGGAGAGACGCCGACGCCGCGGGCGACGCUCACAGGACACGAGCAGCCCGUCUCGAGCGUCGUCAUCUCGGCGGAGCUGGGCCUGGUCGUGUCAGGUUCCUAUCAUGGUCCAGUACUGGUACACACAACGUUUGGUGAUUUGCUCAGAUCCUUAGAUCCUCCCAGCUCAUUCGUAUCUCCAGAAAACAUAGCCAUGUCAAGGGAAGGCGUCAUUGUCGUCAACUAUGAAAGAGGGAACGUUUGUGCUUUCACCAUCAACGGUAAACGGUUGAGAUUCGAGUCUCACAAUGAUAAUUUACAGUGCCUACUUCUUAGUCGAGACGGGGAAUAUUUGAUGACGGGUGGCGACAAGGGCAUAGUGGAAGUUUGGAGGACCUUCAAUUUGGCCCUGCUGUACGCUUUCCCAGCGUGUGAUAGUAGCGUUCGGUCACUGGCAUUGUCACAUGAUCAGAAGUUUUUGUUAGCUGGGUUAGCGCUAGGUUCAAUAGCCGUAUUCCACAUUGAUUUCAAUAGAUGGCACCACGAGUUCCAGCAACGAUAUUAGAAAUCGAUGAGCAGUGAGAACGCUCGAAAAAGUCAAGUAGGUCUCAAUAAAAUCCAAUUACCUUGACGCGUGUACCUACUAUAAACCAAAUCGUACUUAAUAUAUUCCAUUUUAUUAUUUUUAAUACUAGCACUUUCCUUUGUGUAUAUUGUCACUGAUUUAUUUGUGCAAUGAGCUUUUAUUUGGGCGAAUGACAUUCGCCCUUGUUGAAUUUUACCAUUAUCAUAGGUGAAUGUAGAUAAAUCUUUGAUGAUUUUUAACCUGGAAUAUUUGUGAUGUAUUCGAUUUCAAUCAACAUUAUAUAAUAUUUAGUAUUUUUGAAGUAGUGUAUAUUAUUGUUUUAUGUAGCUUGAUGGAGAGAAAUCAGGAAAUUUUAUUAUUAAAACCUUCACUAAAUUUUAUUAACCGGCUUCACAUCAAAAUUUCAUCAAAUUAUUCAGUGUUAGACUUUGUCACUUGAGGUUUUUUACUGAUAAAUAUACUUCUUCUCUUUGUGUCAUUUGGCCUCUUCCUACGAUAUCUUCUUCUCCGUCAAUGUAAGAAUUGGUCCACAUUGAUAGUAAAAAAUGUCUGUUCAAGUCUUUCCAUAACUCGAGGUUUUCUAUUCAAAUAUUCUACAUCAGUUUUUCCGAAUGUGUUCGAUAAAACUGACCAUAUCUUUCAGUGCUAAAAUGUUAACGCCCAUUGAAGUUAAUUUCGAAAGACAUCUAUGACGAGGCAAAGACUGUUGUUCAGUAACACAAAAUGCCAGUAUCAAUAUUGCUCAAAUGUUGUACGGGGUGUUAUAUUAUUUUGAACUAUCUACCACAGUAUUUUGAUUCCUUUUCUUCCCCACAUACUUAGCAUGUACGCAUGUACUAAGUAAUGGAAUAUUGAUAUCCCAUUUGAAUUAAUUUUCGGAAAUGAACCUAACAAAACUAAUUUUGCAUCAAAAAUCAAACUACUUUGUAUUCCUCGAAAAAAAUUACGAAAUUCGAAGGUUUUAUUAGGUUCAACUUAAUGAUCGAUGAUUUGGAUUUGUGAAAUCAUAGCCAUGUUAAUGGAAAAUAGUCCUCAAUUUCUUGUAGGAUAGUUUCACUCAUACUUGGGUUCCCAUUCCAUUAUUAAUAAAAUUUCCAUAAUUUCUCUGUACAGUGUUAAUUGUAAGUUGACGCUUGCCCUUGAAUGAAAUGAGCAAAUGUAAACCAUUGUCAAUUCAAUAUUAUCUGUAUUUUUCUCCCCUUAAAAAUAAUUCAUUUUCUUCAAAAUAUACUUUUAUUCCGGUUUCUAAUGAUCCUGAAAUUGAAAGAAUGCAAAAUAAACAUUGCAUCAUCACUGACUAUGAAAUUUCAUAUCAUUUUAUCGUUUGACUAUGUACACAAUUAGUUUUAACAAAUAAGUGUGGAUCGAUCUUUCCAAUUAUGUGAGAAUUUCAUCAGCCUGCAUAACCAUUCAUCUAAAUGAAUCGAAAGAUUAAAGAAACAAAAUUAUCUAUUGCAUUCAUACCAGAUACCAAUUCAAUGGCUAAAAAACUAUAUUUCCAUUCUUGCUAAUUGAACACUGUUAAAAAGUAAUAUCACCAACAAUAAGAACGAGAUUUCAAGGAGUUAUCCAUGCUUCAAGUAGGUAAACAUUUUGUCUGUAAUUUUUUCUUCGGUCACACCUGGUAUCGCUGAAUUCACAAUGAUCAUUCUAAUCCAACAAUGUCAUAAUAUCAUUUCUGUGUAUUUCAUUCAUCAUUUGGCAAAAUCGGAAGAGUUCCAGAAUAGUUUUGGUCAUUACAAAAAUGGCCAUAAAUUAGUAUCAUCCUCAUUUACUAUGACUUAAAUACUGAAAUACGUAAAUAUUUGGCAUACUAUUCAAUAGUUAUGCGAUUCGAUCACUGUUCUAUAACUAAUUUUGUCAGAUAUAUUCUUAGUUCACUUCCGUAUUACUCACUUCAUAAUUAUUUGCCUGAUAUUACCUGAUGAUGUUUACCACAAAUCUGCUCGGUUGAUAUAAUUGUAAACGAAGUCAAUUUUUUUUGUCUCGAUGUUUUUAGGUAUACACUCACCGGCAAAGAAAACCGGCUGAAAAAAAUUACCCACAUUGAUCAGCCUGUAACUUUCUUUAUUCUUGUUCGAUUCUGGUGAAAUUCCCACUAAAUCUUAGAUUCAUACUUCGACAUGUUAUUCUGAAUUAAAGUUCCCAAAAAAGCGGAUGUUACUAUUUCAAGCUCAACUUCUUAACGCCCUGUGGCAGAAGUGAUUGAUUAAAUGUUCUGGAUUGGAGUGUAAUCCCUUCUUAACACAAAAGUUUUUUAUUCGCAUCAAUAUCUUCGUAUUAAGAGAAGAUACAUGGGUUUUAAGAAAGUAUGGAUUUUUUAAAUUUGCAGAACAUACAUGAAUUUAUCGAUCAACAACUCGAAGAGACAUCUGAAAUUGAUAUCAUUUAUUUCCACCCUGAUUUUUCAGCCUUCACCAGCAAAUAAGAUUCCUUAUUACUCAAAACGAACGAAAAACAAACCUCCUAUCAAAAACGAGUAUGUCCUCCUCGAGCUUGAAUUAGAGCAUUCAACCGGCGUGGCAUCGAGUUGAUCAAAUUUCUCAACCAGUCUUGAAAUUUCCUCAAAUUUUCCUUGAGGGGCGAAUCGUAGCCCAGAAGGAAGAGAAAGAUGCUCUAUAGAUUCUGAAUUAUUAUUGAUAAAAAAAUCAAACUUUCUUCAAACACUUGUACCUUCUCUGAAAAAGAAGAUAUUGACGUGAAUCAAGAACCAUUGUGUUGAGAAGAGACGAAAGGGGAUAACAGCGACUUAUUACAUAUCUAUACUGCUAUUAGUCAUAUCGCAGCAACCCGAAAAUGAAGGGGCCAGUUGCUCGCCUGAAAAUGCUUCUGCUCAAUACGCAGGAACCUCCAAGCUGUCAUUCAUGACUUUAACGUGGUAUCGAAAUCAACCUAGCAUCCAUUUUGUUCAUAGACGGGACAAGGUGGAUGGCGUUGGUUUUGUUUAUGUCAUCAGGGAUCGGCUUAAUAAAAAUAAUACCCAAAUUGAGUGGUGAUAUUGAUUUUUUCGUUUUAUAUUCGCCAAUACUAGAAAAUAUGAAGUGCUUUGUUCUUUGAUAUAAAAAUUCUACGAUUAAUAAUACUGAAGAUGUAUCUUUCAUCGGUGAGUUUGUGGGCAAUGAAUAAUCUUUUAUUUCAAUUUGCUUUCAUCAGUUGAGCAAGUAUUAAGUAUUUAAAUCAAAUGGAAUCAUGCAUGCUUUGUAUAUUCUUUCAGCUGUGAAGAAUUUGAGUUCAGGCGUGAGGUGCCAUAUACCUGCUCAUCUACUUUUUUUUUAUCGCUUGGAGCGCACCAAAGGAUACUGGAUUGAAAAUUUACUCAUAUCAAUAAUGAUUCUAGCAUUCCUAAGAAUGAGAGAAAUGAAUGGUUUGAGGCUAUUAGGCGACCAUUAUUGGACUUUGGUUACUCAGGAAGGAUGAUUAUGUUCAGGCCAUUUCACGCCAGACAGCUUUCUGAUGCUUCCAGGCAAAUCCAGGACACAGAAGCCACAUGAAAAUUUGCCGUUUGUUAAAAUUGAGUUCUCAAAUCUGAUUAUUUGGACGCUAUGUGACCUGAAUAACGGCAUAUUUCAUUCGUUUCUCACUACUUCAUGUAUGGUUUAUCAACCUUCCAUAAUAGACCCAUCUCAACCUUUUUCCUUCGAUACGCCUAUGAUCUUCGGAUUCAUGAGUGUAACAUGAUAGUUCCUAAAUGAACAUGACUCAGUUGAUAGUUCCUAAAUGCACAUGACUCAGUUUUACUAGUUCGAUCUCCCGAGUGGCUCACCUUUUUAGAACUGGCGGUCUAGAUUAGUCUAUAAGUCGGUAGGGACACACACUUCAAUCCAAAACAUGAUAAAGCAGAAGCUUGAAGAAUGGUUCUGAAUUAUUGUAUAUGAAAAUUUGAAAAAUACAAACUUCCUAAAACUCUUGCAUCUUCUCUUAAAAAUGAGAUAUUGAUGUGAAUCAAACACCAUAUUGUUAAGAAGGUAUCACACAUCAAUCCAACACAUAAUGAAGCUGAGUUUAACCACUCACCGACUCACCUUCUCCACAGAACGUCAAGAAGAUAAGGGUGAAAGAGUAACUUUGGUUUUUUCUAUAUAAUGAUCAUGCCAUAAGUUUUUUUUUUGAGAAUCAAAAUUCCAGGCUAACAUUCCGGAACAUAAAUCUACGAUUGGGACGAUAUUUCACCAGAUUCGGUCAAGAAUUGAUAAAGUUACAGGGCGAUAAAUUUGCCAAAAUUGUUUUGUUGGCGGAUUUUCUUGCUGGUAAAUGUAUAUUUCGUCAUUCAAUUGGAAGUUUCACACUAAUUUCAACAAUGCAAGCCAUUAAUCAGGUUACUUCAAUUCAAAUUUGAAUCACAAGCUCAGGAGGAUGGAGAAAAUGUCAAGGGCAAGUAUAAGAUGUGAAUGAAGUCAAUAUUUUGGCUGGUUUUUUCGAUAAUGUAAGUUUAAGCACUGUAGUGUUGCUUACGGCUUGCACAUCCAUUGCCAGCAAUUGUUAAGGCCGUUAUGGCGCACUUUUUGACACGGUAUGUCUGACAUUCCAGCAAUGACACACAUACGGCGUUUUGAAAAACAUUCCCUCCAGCAACUGUAUUAUAAUAUAUUGCAAUUCUGUCCAAGAGAAUCAAACUUAUUGUAAAUAAGUAAGAUUGUUUCCUUUUUUAUGAAGCGCUAUUGAUUAAACAUGUAUUGAAAUAUCUACUUAUUGUGUUAUUUUAAUACUUAUGGAAAAUGUACUUAACUGUAAGAAAUAUGUAUGUUUGAUGUUAGUAAUUAAUUAUAUUAACAUUCAUUUGUAUACACGAUAAAGGUAUGAAAUAAAUGUGUUUUGUUCAGCUCUAA